AACAGAGCCUCAAAGCUUUUGAAAAUUAGGGUUUUAAAAAUAUAGUAGCGGAAUUCCGUUCCAUGGUAAUCUCGGCAAAGAUAACGCAAUUCUUAUAUGAUAUUACUCAGAAAAGAUAUGGAGAUUGAUUGCCGGAAUUUUAAUAGCGUUAGCCCGUGGAAACGUUAAUGCUCUGAAUCUCAGGGUGCAUUCACAAUUAGGCGGCAUUCUGAUAUGAAACUGGAUAUUGAUACCAAACGAGCUGCAUUGAGAGCUUCUCCUUCCGUUGUCAGUGUUGUGUCGUAUAAAGGUGGGAAGAUGAUGUUUCCGGGUUCUGGGACUAUCAUAGAUUGUGAGGAAGUCAAUGGAACAUAUACCAGUACCAUUUUGACUUCUACUACGCUCCUUGGGUCAUCUCCCGAAUCAAAUACUUUACAAGAUGACAUAAAGGUUAAUGUGUUUCUAGCGGAUGGUAAAUCAUUUACUGGUUGUGUGUCCGCUUAUGAUUUUCAUUUCAACAUUGCGACCAUCUGUAUUACAUCUGAUGUAGCAUUGCCUACCGCCUGUCUUAGACCUUUGGAUGUUUCCAUCCCCAUAUAUCCAAGUGACUGUAAUUCAAACUCAUUUAGACUUGGUAGUGGAGACAUGGUGGUUGCCAUUGGCCGCUUUUGUGGUAAAACACAUGAGCUCAUGGCUGCUCCAGGAAAAUUCAGGCCUAAAUCUUGCAAGUUGGAUUGUGUAGAGCUUUUGAAGUCGACUUGCAUUAUUUCGAAAAGUGGUUUCGGAGGGCCCCUUAUAAAUUGUCAUGGAGAAGUAAUUGGAGUCAAUUUUUAUGACAAGAUCUGUACCCCUUUUCUUCCAGUCAACAUAGUUUCCAAAUGCUUGAGGCGAUUUAGAGAAAAUCGGAAACCCUGUCGACCUUGGCUUGGCAUGGAAUUGACUAAUCUCUAUACAGCAACUGUAGGCAAAUUGGACAAAGUUUUCUCAAAGUUCAAUAUCUCCGGAGGCUUACUUGUGAAAAAGGUUAUAAAUGGGUCCCCUGCUGAACAAGCUGGAAUACUCCAUGGUGAUAUUAUUGUUCAAUGUGGGGAAAAGGAGGUUCAAAGUUCUUUGGAGUUCUAUGAAAUCAUAUGGGAAAAGGUUCGGUUAACUGAGGAGGUGGUUGUGUUAAGAGAAUCAAGUGCUGCCCGUUUGAAUCUUAAAGUGUUUGUUGAUGAGACCAGCCCAGAUAAAGUGAACAGAUGGCCGGUCCCUGAAACAUUCAAGGCUUCGGUGUUAAUCAAAAAAAGAAAAAGGCUUCUGUGAAAAGAAUUCGACGUUGGUAAUAUAUCUCUUUUGCAGUGGUGUUAUGUUCGAGUUGGAAAUGUAUGACGUAAAACUAACCAAAUCCACCUGUGCUUUUGCCAGCAUGAUGAUUCAUGUGAUGUCUACUAGGUUUUGCUUUUAAGUUUAGGAAGUAGGAGUAUCUAUUUUGGGGAGAUUUGAGUAGAGGGUCUGAGAAUGGAACUUGUUUUGUGGAUAGGUUUUUAACUGUUUUUUGUUUAUGGUUAUGUUGUAACUAAGUUUUUUAGCCUUACAAAUUCUAUUUAGAACUCAUAUUGUACCCUUAAUUUUCGUCGUAGUAACUUAUUAUCACAGGCGGAGGGUAGUGGGGUUGCCAUGGCCCCACUUAUUUUUU